UCCAUCGCUACUACUCCAUCGUUGUCCUGCUUCAACUUCUGGCCAUCGUGUCAACCAGCUCUGCUUUUACCGACUGAAAAGCCAGAUACCUCUUUGUGCGAAAGACUCCGUUGAGAACCGCACUAGGUUCAUGGUAGGUACUCAGUAUCAACCGCGAAAAUAUGCAGGUAAGAAUGUCUGGAGUCGAAUGGCCUGUCCAGCGUCCCAGGUAUAUAGCCCCGCCCUCCUCGAUGUCGUGAUCGCAGCAUGCGCGGAGACCUUCCUCAACCGGUAUCAGACAUGAAGCGAUGCCGCUUCAUCGUAUUUGUCAUCAUGGCUACAAGACGUCCUCACUGUAAUCAAGCCGAGACGGAAUCUUGGAAAACAUAUACUCUGGAAGAGACGUGUUCUUCUUUCAACUAACACAUCCACCUGAAAUCCUGGUCCGGCAUCAUUGGUUACCCUGACCAGCAGCACCAUGUCUGAAACAAAGCAACUACAUCUCACAGCCUUCAUGCGGCCCGUUAGUCUCCACACCGGGGCAUGGCGAUACCCAGGAGCAUAUCCAGACGCGAACUUCAACCUGAAGCAUCUGAAAUCGUUCAUCCAAAAGCUGGAGGCUGCCAAAUUCGACGCCUUCUUCAUGGCCGACCAUCUGGGGGUGCUGAACAUGCCAGUGGAUGCCCUGAAGCGCAGCCACACGGUAACGUCGUUCGAGCCGUUCACGCUGCUGUCGGCGCUGUCCCAAGUCACAGAACGAAUUGGACUUGCGGCAACGGCAUCCACGACGUACGACGAACCAUACCACAUUGCCCGCCGCUUUGCGUCUCUGGACCAUAUCAGCGAGGGCCGGGCGGCGUGGAACAUAGUGACGACAGGCAACCCGGAAUCGUCCAAGAAUUUCGGGCGCGACGAGCACGUCGAGCACAGCGAGCGGUACAAGCGGGCGCGGGAGUUCUACGACGUGGUGACAGGACUUUGGGACAGUUUUGCCGAUGACGCUUUCAUCCGCGACCAGGAGAGCGGCAUCUUCUUUGAUCCGGACAAGAUGCACGUGCUGAACCACGUGGGAGACGAGUUGAAGGUCAAGGGACCGUUGAACAUCGCCCGUCCUGUUCAAGGGUGGCCGGUCAUCGUACAGGCCGGCCAGUCCGAACCGGGCAGACAGUUGGCGGCCGAAACCGCCGAGGCCGUCUUCUGCUCGCCGCGCGACCUGGAGGCGGCCAAGGCGCUGUACGCCGACAUCAAAGGCCGCGCCACCGCCGCCGGCCGCGACCGUAACCACCUCAAGAUCCUGCCGGCUGCGCUCAUCAUCGUCGGUGACACUGUCGAGGACGCCAGAUCCAAACGCCUGAAACUCGACAGUCUCGUCCACUACGACAGCGCCAUCGCCUCCCUUUCCGUCGCUUUGGGCACAGAUGCCUCGGCCUUCGACCCGGAUGGCCCGCUGCCCAAGGAUCUCCCUGACACGAAUGCCAGCAAGACCAGCCGUGCCGGAGUCCUUAAGCUGGCCGAGGAGGAGGGUCUGACCGUGCGUCAACUGGCACAGCGGUACGGUGGCUACUCCGGCCUCGCGUUCGUCGGAACUCCUCAGUCCAUCGCCGACGAAAUGGCCACUUGGCUGGCCGAAGAAGGUGCCGAUGGCUUCACUGUCGUAUUUCCGUUCGUCCCGCAGGGUCUGGAUGAUGUGGUUUAUCGCUUGGUCCCCGAGCUACAGCGCCGAGGCAUCUUUCGCCAGGAUUACAAGGGGACCACUCUGCGAGAACAUCUUGGUCUCCCCCGGCCAAAGAAUCAGUUCUUUCCUUGAUCGGGUCCAGCCAUAUAUGCUAGGAUGAGGCUACCGUUGAUAGUCCACAAUUACUAGUAUUCUGGCAGGUACAGUUCGAGUACCACAAAUCCAGCCUGUUCAACCAUCAUUGUUCAUCUCUCCCCAAAGGUGUCUCAACUACUGUGCUAUGACUGCUACAUGCAAGCACUUCCUCUGCUCUCCGAGUCAUUGAUCUCAUCAGAGUCCGGCCUUCAUGUCGAGGACGAGAUGCUGACAGUCUUGUAACACCGCGUCCAUAUUCCUUAUCAUAGCAAGCAGAAACAACAUCAUUUAGGCUCAUAGGAAUGGGACCAUUCCUCACGUUGUAUGUACUCAAGCGCUCACGCAGCCUCCCCACUAGCAAACAGCCCGCACACUCAGCCGCCGUUCAAGCUUUUCCUCGAUCAGGGCAAACAGCCAGCUGGCCUGGCCUGGACGUAAAGCCAGACUCCAUAAAUGACCAGACUCGAUGAAAUCCAAGGCAUUCUCCUUGGUUUCCUCCCUGAUCGUGCUGACGUUAUUGGCGAACCUGACACCGAAACACUUGUCCGCGACCCUCAACAUCUCGGGCCUAAAGGUCGUGCAGAUGAAUUGUGCACCUCGAAGUCGAUCAUCACCUGCUUCACCGUCUUCAUUGUCACCAUUCGCAUCGGCCCUGUUGGCCAGGUAGAGUAAAUGAUCUGCAACGGCCGUGCGGUACUGUGCGUCCAGGUUGGCGUCGAUUUCGUCAAAGAUGUAGAAGGGCGCCGGGUCAGUGGCUUGGAUGGCGAAGAUCAGGGCGAGACUGCAAAGACCUAUUGUUUUGAACGAGCAAUGUUAGCCGAAAUAUCACAAACAACCUGCUCCGCUCGCCCUUGUUUGCAAAAAGCCGAGUCGGACAAGAUUGAUAACGAGAAAACAGGUUAAACCAUCAGGGGAUGAACUUACUCUUUUG